AUGGCUGCAACCACUCCCCGUGCAAUGAACCGCUGGACAAAGGAAGAAGACAAAAAGCUGCGCCAGCAAGUCCUGAAGUACCGUGCUAGUAAUGCUCCCGACCAGUCCAUCCCGUGGAGAAAAAUCGCCCAGUUGCUGCCAGGCAGGUCCAACAAGGACUGUCGCAAGAGAUGGUGCAAGAUCGACGAUCGUUGGAAGAGAGGCCCGUGGCAGCCGGACGAAGAACGACGACUGAAAGACGCCGUAUCGGAGAUUGGCAGAGCAUGGGUGUCUGUUUCUGCGGCCGUUGGCACCAGAAGUCCAGAUCAGUGUGCGAAACAUUGGCAGAACGCGCUGGAUCCGAGCUUGACAAGGAGAGAUUGGGAAGAGUCUGAAGUAAAGAUUUUCUGUGAGGCUGUUUCUCUUCAUGGCCAUCACUGGAGCAAGAUCCAGCAGCAAGCUUUCCCGGGACGAUCCAAGCUGGAUCUUAGCAAUCGUCUGGCCUUGAUUCUCCGGAGGAUGGGUGAACCACUCAUUGCAGUCGAUUCCAAGCAUUCCGUCCAGGCUGACGAGAAAGUGGAAAGGGGAGAUGAUCCACUCCUUCAUCCACAAGGCGGAGCAGUAAGUGGGUUGUGGCAGGAAGGCUCUUUUGAUGCCUGGAAUCCAUUGCGUGGUCUUGACUCGAAUGCGUUCUGCAGUGACAUAGAAGAUGAAUUCCAAUCUAGCAACGAUCUCGUCGGUGCUCAGGGAUGUUCAACGUCCGAGGGAAACCAUAGCCCAUGGACGCCAGAAAUCACAGCCAGUUUCAAUAUCGACCCGGAUAUGACAGGAGGAUACGAAGAAAGUGCCGCUGCAGCCACUGCAGCAUCAGAAUCGCAAAGACUGACAGAACCGAAUUCCGACAGUGUCAGUCGCAAGGUCACGAUUAUCCUCGAGGACGUGGAUGUGAACGCUCAAAAUGAAAUUAUCAACCACUUGCUGCAAUCUAAAAUUCGAACCACGAUUCACGUAGACUGA